CCCAUUCCGACUUCGCUUUGCUAACUCGUGAGUAACUCCUCCAUCCAUUCACUGUUCUGUCAUGUCUACUUCGGUACAAUCCCAGGGAUCAGCCGGCGCUGACGUCUCCAAUCAACAGCCUGAUGUUGGUGGCCAAUGGAAUGCAUGGGGUAUGAUCAAAGCCUUCACGUUUCGUCUUUUGAUAACCUACUUCGUCUUCAAUCUGUUCCGACGUCAGCCAGCUAACCAGCCUGGCGCAACAAACAAACCUAUCCCAUCAACCAACAUUUUCCAAAGCGGCACACCCAUGGAAAUGUAUGUAUUUAUGAACGAACAUCCGACUUUCACUGCUUUCAACGAUUCGCAAGCGUUGUUCUGGCACAAACAGGAUUUGGUAUAUGGUGACUGGACUGGGGGUCCUCAUGGGGAUGGAUCUUACACAAAAGAAGGAGUGGUCGAUUGCGGUCAGUUCCCGCAGUUGAUGCACAAUGGAUCGCUUUAUUUGCAUGUCUACGUUGUCAAGCAAGGAUUCUCUCCGGACCCUUCGGCUGGAAAUCGCUAUUCGAAGAGGCUGACCAUAUAUCGUUCGAAAAUGAUCACGCGGUACAAGCGACGUCGUCUCUCCCGUACAGUCAACUUGUUAACCGGUCAGACGGACACGCAUCCAGACUUGAUUGCCAAUUUAUCAACACCGGCAGAUGUGACCUACCUUCCUGCGACCACACACUGGCAUCCUAACCUGACGAUUAACCUGGUGGAUGAUCAGACUCCUUGGGUCAAGGGUGCUGUUCCAGCGCCACUCGAUUACUAUAUCGAAUUCUAUGAGCCAACCAAUGAGUAUUACCCGGUUUUGUAUUUUAACGACUAUUGGAACUUGAACGAAGACUACAAGCCGGUCAAUGAGACCACUCCGUUAUUGCCAAUGUCGCUGACUGUAGCUCCGUUGUCUCUUUUCAAGUGGCAGCUGUAUGCGGCCCAGUCUUCUCGAAAGAACUGGUUUACAAAUCUGCUUGGAGAUGCAAAUCUAGGUGGUGAGGUUGAGAGCGAGGAGGAACAGGACACGCUAAAGAAAGCGUUGAUCGAAACGAAUCCAUACUUGCUGGCCUUGACAGUCGUCGUAUCAAUCGUCCACAGUAUAUUCGAGCUACUAGCAUUCAAAAAUGAUAUUCAAUUUUGGAAAACUCGUGAAUCUCUCGAAGGCCUUUCCGUUCGUUCUGUUUUCUUCAAUGUGUUUCAAUCUUUUAUCGUGCUACUCUAUGUCCUGGAUAACAACACGAAUUUCGUCAUCACCGUUUCUGUCUUCCUCGGGUUGGGAAUUGAAAUCUGGAAGAUCAAGAAAGUUCUCGUCUUUCAGGUGGAUUGGAACAGACGCAUUCUGGGCUUACUGCCGUACGUGCGUAUGAACUACCAGUCGUCGUAUGUCGAGUCGGACACGAAAAAAUACGACCAGAUGGCUUUUCGUUAUCUGUCGUGGAUACUGUUUCCCAUGCUUGCCGUCUACUGCGGUUAUUCGUUAGUCUACCAAGAACAUCGUGGUUGGUACUCGUGGGUGCUGUCCAUGCUCUACGGAUUUUUACUGACUUUUGGGUUCAUCAUGAUGACACCACAGUUGUUCAUCAACUAUAAACUCAAAUCGGUCGCCCAUCUACCCUGGCGCAUGUUAACCUACAAAGCUUUGAACACGUUUAUUGAUGAUUUGUUUGCAUUUGUGAUUCGAAUGCCUACGCUCUAUCGAAUCGGAUGUUUACGUGAUGAUGUGAUAUUUUUCAUCUACCUCUACCAACGCUGGAUCUAUCCGAUGGAUCCUAAUCGAAUCAAUGAAUUUGGUGUGAGCAAACAGAUGCUUGACAAGACAGAAGGCAUCGCAACUCCUGAGUCGAAUGGCCAAUUGCUUCUCGAAGAUCAGGCAUCCAUUGAAACUUCCCGUCCGGCUGCCGCUGCUACUGCCGAACCGGAAACCUCAGACUCGAUUCUUGAUAGAUCGGUUGAUGUCACACCCACGCCACAGAUGAUGCCGGUACAGAAAAGCUCCUCUGGCCUUCCGGAUCCGGAUGAAAAUGCCUUCAGCUGGACCACCAGGACUGAUACAACUGCCGCGGUAGACAAAUUUGUCCACCGCCCACCAUUUCUUUCGGCUGGUACUCGUAAUCAGUAG